AUGCUGAUGAACACAUUGGUAUUUCAACUUUUUCGUUUAGUGGCAUUUUCAACAUGCAUCGCUUUGGUUUCUGCGCUCUUGGACGGUACUACUGGGACUAGGCGAGCUUCAAAGCUCAAUGUUCUGUUCAUAGUAGUUGAUGACCUGAGACCAGCUCUUGGAUGUUAUGACAAUGUGACGCAAUAUUUCACUCCAAACAUUGAUCAGCUGGCUGCCAAUUCUAUCAAGUUUACCAAUGCACAUGUACAGCAAGCAUUAUGUGCACCAAGCCGAGCAUCGUUUCUAACUGGUCGUCGCCCUGACACCACCAGAAUCUAUGAUUUGAAUAGCUAUUGGAGGAGUCUUGGUGGUAACUUUACUACUCUGCCACAACAUUUCAAAGAGAAUGGUUAUUACGCUGCAUCGGUUGGAAAAGUCUUUCAUCCUGGUAUAUCCAGCAACUACACUGAUGACUACCCUUACAGCUGGUCUGUGCCUGCUUUUCAUCCAUCAACACAGAAAUACAAAAUGAAAAAAGUUUGUCCAGGACCCGAUGGUAACCUACAUAUGAAUCUUAUCUGUCCUGUGGAUGUGAAAACCCAACCAGAGGCAUCACUGCCAGAUAUACAAAGCACAGAAUAUGCUAUUGAAUUACUACGCAAUAUCUCACAACAACAACAACAACAAACGAAAGGUAGCCAACCAUUCUUCCUGGCUGUUGGUUACCAUAAACCGCAUAUCCCAUUGAAGUAUCCCAAGGAAUUCCGUGACUUGUAUCCUUUGUCUUCUAUCAAGGCUCCUACGAAUCCGGAUUACCCAAAGAAGUUACCCCAUGUUGCCUGGGAUCCGUGGACAGAUGUGAGGCGGAGGGACGAUAUCAAAGCAUUGAAUGUUAGCUUCCCUUACGGACCAAUGCCAAAACAUUAUCAGUUGUUAAUCAGACAAAGUUACUACGCUUCCACAACAUAUGUUGAUAACUUAGUUGGUUACUUAUUAUCCAGUCUAGAGAAGUAUGGAUUUGCUGAAAAUACUGUCAUAACAUUCGUUGGUGACCAUGGAUGGGCUCUUGGAGAACACCAAGAAUGGGCUAAAUACAGCAAUUUUGAUGUCGCCACCAGAGUACCGCUAUUAAUGUACAUUCCUGGUGUCACUGAUAAGAAAGAUCAAGGUCAUCAGAAAUUCCCACACAUAAAUAUACUGAAACAAUUAAGGUCUGCGAAACUUGAUAACAAUACCACACAGGAAACACGGAGAAAUCGAUACAGUAAUGCAGAGGGCAGUGAAACUGAAGACAUUAAUAUUUUUAAAUCAAAGACCACAGUUACAAUGUUCGAUCAUUCUGAUUUAAAAAGUGGCAGACUUGUUUGUAAUAACCAUGUAGAGCUGGUAGACAUUUUCCCAACUUUAACAGAUAUCUGCGGAAUAACCAUGCCCCCUCUGUGUCCAAAAAAUCCUACAGAGGUCAGGCUGUGUACAGAAGGAAUCAGCCUCUCGCCACUAAUUGAACAAAUUUCCACAAAUGAUACAUUGGCUGAUUUUAAAUGGAAGAAAGCAGUAUUUACACAGUACCCAAGGCCCUCAGAUGAGCCACAAGAAAACAGCGACUCUCCUAUUUUGAAAGAUAUUACAAUCAUGGGGUAUUCCAUGGUGACUGACAAGUAUCGCUACACGGAAUGGAUUGGUUUUAAUAAUGUGCAGUGUCAGGGUAACUGGGACGAUGUGCACGCAAGAGAAUUGUACAAGCUGAGGUCAGACAAGAUGGAAAAUAACAAUGUUGCCAAUGAUGCACAGUAUAAAGAACUUACUCAGAAGUUAGCAAAUUUGUUGAGGAAAGGCUGGAGACAUGCCUUACCAUGA